GCGUCAACGCACCGAGCAGCCGCGCGGGCAAAGCGCUAGCGGAAGAGAGACCACAAGUCCACACCAUCCACAAAGCGAAGCGAAGAUGAUGAUAUCUUCGCCGUUCUCGCCGCCGGCUGCAACACCCGCCGCCGCCGGUCUGCUCGCGCGCCCGCUCAUCGCACGCUCCGGUGCUUCCACUUACCCCCAUCGUGCGCGGGUGCCGCGCGGUCCCUCCUCCAUCUCGGUGCCGCCGCUGAGGAGACGAUGGUGCCAGUGGCGCGGCCCGCUCCGAUCGCUGCCCCCCGAAGGAGCUCCGGCCGAGCUGAUGGAAGAGGAUUCCAAGUUUGUGCCGUUGAAAGCGGAGGAUCCCAUGUACGGCCCACCGGCGCUACUGCUCAUUGGAUUCGAGAAAGGCGAAACUGUCACGAUUCAGGCCUUCUUGAAAGAGCUUGAAGGUGAAUUCCUCAAGGUGAUUCAUUGUACAGAGGAGAUGACGAAGCAAACCUUAUGGGAUGCCAUGCACACUGAGCAGCCUGAUUUGGAAGCUGUCAAGAUUGCAGGAUCACUGCCAAGGAUAUGCAUAUUUUCUGGUCUGACUGGUGAGGAGAUGAUGAUGUUCAUCAAUGCCUUCCCAGAAACUGGAUUGGAAUCUCCUGCUUUUGCUGCGCUUGUUCCUAACAGUGCAGAGAAGGUUCUCGGCGAGGUGAUCGAGGAAAUAAUGGGCGACCAUGAGAUGCUGACAGGAAAGGAUUCCAAAUAAGAAGAAUCUGAAGUAAAAAUUAAAGCAGAAUGACAAGGCCCAUGAUGAAAAUUCAAGCACUGGAUAAACCAUGAAAUGGUUUCAUGACAUCACCAAGUCCAAGCGUUAGGAUUCUGGUUUGUUAAGGGAGACCAGUAACUCUUUUUGCUACGUAUAGAACUACCAGAAAGCUGUGCAUGGGAAAACUUUUCGAGAUAGAGCUUAGAAGAACCAUCAGUUUCACUUUUCUUCUGUUAUAAAUGUGGAUCCUCCUCAAUCUGGUAGAAGCUAACACCUCCAGAAUCUGAGAUCCUACUUUCUGUUUGUCAUACAUAGAAUAUGCAACGACCACUGAGAUAUGAUGCGUUUGCAAAGCUGAGCUGAAUAUUUCGGAAUAUUUCUUGAUGAUGGUCCUAAAAUCCAUUUUUUCUUCCCUUU